GGGGCCGUGUGCCCGGUGCCGGCGGCCAUGUGCCCGGUACCGGCGGCCGUGACUCCGGAGUAACAGCUUCGGGAGGGUGGGGCCGCGGCCGCAGGGCCACUGACGGCGUCGGCAAGGAUUCCGAGGGCAGCGGCCGCAGGGAGGACGCGGGCAGGGGAGGAGGGCAAGAGCGAUGCCGUCCCCGGAGAUCAUGUCGGUUUUCGAGGCUGCUCAGGACCCCGUUCUCCUGCGCGGGCUAACCCUGGUCACCGGAGUUGUUGCGGACGCGUGGGCCGCCGAGCCGGCCCCAGCGAGCCACGACAAACCUGCAGCCACCAGCAAGGAAGAGAAGGUCCACAGGGUCGCCGAGGUGCCGGAGCGGAUGUGCUGCCUGACCUGCAAGCAGGUGUUCGGCAGCCGGGAGGAGCAGACUGAGCACUACCAUCUUGACUGGCACCGCUUCAACCUGAGGCAGCGUCUCCUGGGGCGCCAGACGCUGCCAGCAGAACUCUUUGAGGCAAAGACUCGUGCAGGUGAUGUUUCCAGCAUCUCAGGGUCAGAUUCUGAAAGCUCUGAAGCAGACAGUGAGUCAGAAUCGCUGCCCUCUGCCACCUGCAGCCCCAAGUCUCUCUCAGUCCCCAGGUCCCACAAGGUGCUGCUCUGCAAUGCAAAGGGCCAGCUCAUCUCUGCCUAUCGCUGCGUGGUGGGCACCAAGAAGGGUGGCAGUGAGGAGCCAGCAGAGCUGAUGAAGUCGCUGCAGAGCCUCAAUGCAAGCACGUGCUGGGUGGUGCUGAUGAUGGGCGGCGGGCACUUUGCAGGAGCUGUCUUCCGAGGCCCCGAGGUGCAGGAGCACAAGACCUUCCACCGCUACACAGUGCGGGCCCGGCAGGGCACAGCGCAGGGCCUCCGGGAUGCUCAGACCCCAGGCUCAGCACCCAGGUCGGCUGGAGCCUCCCUGCGGCGUUACAAUGAGGCUGCUCUCCUCAAGGAUAUUCAGGACCUGCUGGCAGCCUGGGCCCAGCACCUGAAGGAUGCUGAGCGCAUCUUCCUGCGGGUUCCUCGUCACAACCGUGCACUGCUCUUUGGUGGCAGGAGUCCAGUCCUCACCCAAGGGGACCCUCGUGUCUGCCACAUCCCUCUCAGCACCCGCAGGGCCACCCUGCGAGAAGUGCUGCGAGUCCACACGAUGCUGGCCAGCCUGCAGGUGUAUGAGAAGGACACGCCACUGGAAGACAUCACUGGGUCCCCUUGGAAGAACAGACAGAAAAGGCAGCAGAAGGUGCAAACUGGUCCUGUGCAGAAGGACAAAAGUGCCCCUGUCUUACCUGCUUCAACUCUAGAAGAGGAGGAGGAAGAAGAGGAAAGCCCUGAAGGGGAACUGGAGACUGUGGAAGUGACACUUGGCACCUUAGACCUUCGGGAGUUCGAAGUGGUGCCCAAGCGAAACUGCAAAAGGAGGAAGAGGAACAAGAAAGUAGAGAAAGGGCCCCGUGCUGAAGAGAUGCGGUGCUGUGGUAGCCAACAUGGGCAGCCUGGCCCAGAGCUGGUGAUAGAGCUGCAGGGGGAGGCUGGGCCUCAGCCUCUUCCUUGGGACAAUGGAGGUGACCCUCAGACCCAGCUCUGUGAUGCCCUCUUCACUGCCUGUAAAACAGGGGAUGUGGGGACAUUGUCACACCUCCUGGGCGUGCCAGAGAGUGGAGGUCUGCUGGCAGACAGAAAGGAUGGGGAGGGCAACCAGCCCCUGGAUGCAUCACACUCUCUGCUCAACCAGCCCGUGGAUGAAGGUGGCUGCACCCUGCUUCAUGUGGCAGCACAGGCAGGGAAGGCCAAGGCUGUGUGUCUGCUGCUGGAGGCAGGAGCAGACCCUGCUCUCAGAGACAGGCAGGACAGGACCCCCUACUGCGUCUCUGCUGACAAAGCGACCCGCAAUGCCUUCCGCAAGUUCAUGGUGGACCACCCAGACAAGUACGACUACCACCGUGCCAAGGUGCCAGGGCCCCUGACGCAGGAGAUGGAGGCCAAACGGCUGGAGAAGAAGCGUGCCCAGAAGGCCCAGCGGAAGCAGCGGGAGCAGGCGCAGCGGGAGGAGCAGCGCUGCCGGGAGCAGGAGCAGAAAGAGAAGCAGCAGUUUGCAGCCCUGUCCGACAGGGAGAAGAGAGCCCUGGCCGCGCAGCUGCGGGAUGCCAGCACAACUCUCACCAACAUCAGUCGCUGCUGGCACUGUGGAGAGUCCCUGCUGGGCCGGAUCCCCUUCCAUUACCUUGACUUCUCCUUCUGCUCCACAGCCUGCCUGCAAACCCACCGCCAGGCCCGGGCCAGACACACAUAAGGCUGGGAACUGCUGCUCUCUGCCAAGGACUGGCGUGGAGGAGACAUGACUGAGUGCUGCCUGUGCAGGGAGGGAGAGUUUGUGGAGCAGUACUGGUCAGAGGAAUGGAGCAGGCCAGGUCACUCUCUGGGACAAUGCUAGCAAAGCCCUGUACAAGAGUAUCCCUGGGCGGUGGCUCUGGGGAUGCUACAUGAAGAGGUCCCCAGGUGCUAGUGUUAGCAGGACCCCUGGCUGGAGCCUCUGCCAGCUAUUCUCCUGGCUCCAUUAUAGCCUGCUGUCUGUGGUGGUAGAACAGAUCCUGACACAUCUGGACCCUGCAGCCCUGAGCUAAUGCAAGCCACAGCUGUUAGCACCCUCUGGGCUGUGCUUUGCUUUCUGCCCUGCUGGAUGCCAGCAGUGUCUCAGCUGUGUUAAGCUAGCAACUACCUCCUCUGCCUGCAUUGUCAAUAAAGAGGUGCCUUGGCCCCUAGGCAGGGGGCAGUGUCAGCACAA